AGGACUGCUGAGAAGUGCAACCACCUGAUAUAAGAACACUGCAAAAUAAACACAUUAGGGCAGUUUUGAACAAAAAAGAAGCAGCAAAGUGCGAAAGUUUCAACUCAGAAAAAAAAGAUGGGUUUCUGGACGCUGUUGGAGGUGGCUUGCAUGCCAAUUUUCCAAGUUCUCAUAAUCAGUGUGUUGGGAGCUUUGAUGGCAACUGAGUACUGGAAUCUUCUCCCGUUGGACGCUCGAAAGUCCAUAAACAAGGUUGUGUUUGUGGUGUUCACUCCCGCACUGGUGUUUUCAAAUGUGGCCAAGACUAUUACAUUUGGAGACAUUGUUUCAUGGUGGUUUAUGGUUGUCAACAUCGGGCUUACCUUUCUAGUUGGAGGGAUUCUUGGAUGGAUUGUGGUAAAGAUUUUUAAACCAAAACCUUAUCAGGAAGGUGUGGUAAUUGCUACAGUUUCAUCAGGAAACUUGGGAAACCUUCUCCUUAUACUUGUCCCUGCAAUAUGUAACGAGGAUGGGAACCCCUUUGGCGAUCAUAGUGUUUGUAAGACGACUGGACUCGCAUACGUAUCUUUUUCCAUGGCGCUUGGUAAUUUCUUCAUUUGGACCUACAGUUACCAGCUGAUACGAACCUCAUCGAUUAGAUGGAAAGAGCUUCAAGCAGCCGAGGAAACUGAGGAGGCCUCAAAGAGGCGCAACACAGAUUUGGAUGCUGACGAGGAAACUCACCUUCUCAAAGGAGAGGAUGAAGAGCAGGCCGCUGUGGUAGUGUCUGAAACUUCUGUAAACCAAGCUAUAGUAACCCCUGAUGAAUCAAACAUGCCAUUCAGCCAUAAAGUAUUAGAAUUCUUUCGCCAGAUUUUGCAUGAGUUAUUGGCACCGGUUGCUGCAAUUGUGGGAUUCUUCGUUGGGUCAAUUACGGUUAUUAAGAACAUAAUAAUUGGCGACGACGCCCCUCUGCAUGUGAUCGAAGACUCUAUUACACAACUCGGGAACGGUACAAUCCCUUGCAUCACACUCAUUCUUGGAGGCAAUCUGAUCCAAGGCUUACGCAAACCAACGAUCAAAGUGCCUACCCUCCUUGGAGUGAUUAUUGCCAAAUACAUAGUAAUGCCUGCAAUUGGCAUUGGCAUUGUAACAGGAGCAGACAAACUAGGGCUUCUCCCAUCUAACUCCUUGUUCCACUUUGUGCUGAUGCUUCAGUUUACCCUGCCGCCUGCCAUGAAUAUCGGUACGAUGACGCAGCUGUAUGAUGUGGCUGAGGCAGAGUGCUCAGUGAUCUUCCUGUGGACAUACUUGGUUGCAGCCUUGGCACUUACUGUUUGGUCAACAAUCUUCAUGUGGAUCUUGUCUUGAACUUCCUUGAGCCGCAAGCAAUCCCUUGGGUUUCUUUUUCCCAUAUUUUUCAACUCAAUUGGUUAAUUUAAAGUAAUUGUUUUAUUUUUGGGGUAUGAUUUGGUGUGUAUCUGAAGGUCUCAUGGUUUCAUUUAUUUACGUGGUGUGUAGUAGGAGUAAGGAAUAGGGUUUCAUUAGGUUAUCAUGGCUCAAUGUAUCUCGUGCGUCUGUAUGCAUUUGUGGAAUUGAAAUUCAUAUAAAAUUAUGCUCUUUGUUUGAGUAGAGAAAUUUUUUAGU